GCAGGAACUUGCAGAGUAUCGUCGUGCAUGCAAAACUAAAUGGGAGAUCAACCCAACCUGCACUGUUCCGAUGAGGACGAAAGGUUACGCUCACAAAUCCAGGACCAGAAGGACGUCAUCAGAAGAAGAAUGGAGGAUAUGGGAGGAGCGAGACAAAGACAGGCGCGAUCACGAAUUAGCAGUGGAGCUGGGCUACGAGACUCUGGUGGGCAACCUGCUCUACAUCGACAUCCCUGGCGGAAAUGACAUCAACAGGAGCUGGCAGAACUUCCUUAGUGGAGACCUCAUGGAGUGGGGGUUUCCGUAUGAGAAAGGUUCCAUAGAAAGACCUCGCAUGAAGCAACCAGAGCCGUACCUAGCUCACCAGGUAAAAGAAAAGCUCUGGAAGUUCCCAAGAUCAAGAACGUUUCAAACAACACAAGAGGAAUAG